AUGUUUUCAUCGGGUUCUUUAAAAAAAGGCGUGGGUAGUACAACGUCUGAUUGUUCUUCACCGGGACGUAAUAGCAGUGUAAGUAGGCUGCCAGUUGGAAUUAAAUCUAUAGGGGAUGAAAGUCAAAAUUUUAGAAUUCAGUUGGCUGUUCACAAAUAUAAUAAUUCUAAUAAUGGAUCCGGAAAUUCCAAUUGUAACCUAGUGUCAUCUCCUGUUAAAAAUUCAUUUUUUAAAUCGCUUAAUAAAUCUAGGAGCUAUGAAAGUGGUACUGAUUUGAUACAGGGUGAAAAAAAAUUUGAAAACCGGUUUUUGAAUAAUUUACCAGAUUUAUGUUCUGAUGUAAAAACAAAUAACAGAUCAGUGCUUGAUGUACUUCAAGAUUUGUCUAGGAAAAGAAUAAAUUUUAAAAAUGAUAACAAUUACUCUCGGUAUAGAUCGAAAGGACUCGGUGGAGAUUUACCUUCUGAUGAAAAUGUUUUAUCCAAACCAUUAUUUGUACAAAAGGAAUUAAUUAAAAAUAAUAAUGUGACAACCACAAGAGACAACUGCACUCAAACAUUGCAAAAACAAUAUGAUGAAUCGGAUCCUAAAGCGCAACUUCGUAGAAAACUUGCAAAACAAAAUAAUGAAAUUUUUGCAUCCCUAAGUUCUAGUAUUUAUUCAGGAUAUGCCUUAAAGAGAAAAAUAGGUAUGUUAGAUAAAAUUUCUACUGCUAAAGAUGAUACGAAAAAAGGAUCGAGUUUAUUAAUUAAAAGGCCUAAAAUAAAUGAUAAUGUAUUUAUGACUAAUAACGAAGGCGACAAUUCUAAAAUUACAAAUGGCGUUAAAUCUCCUAUGAAUGAGCUAAAUAAAAAAAGCAAGAAAAACGCUAUGACUGAUGGAAAUGCUAUUUCACCAAACAAAGAUAGACUGACAACAAUAUAUUUAGAUAUGGAAAACACGAGUCCCAAAAUUCACGUAUUUGAAAAUAAUUUAUUGGGUAAUAAAAGUAUGGACAAUUCUGUCGAGGGAAACAAGUCAAUAUCUAGUUCAAUUAAUAAUGGCAGUUUGUAUAAAAAUUCAUCGAGUAAUGAAAUUAAAAGUACCUGCGUCGAAUCUGUUGGAAAUUUUACAUUGCCCAGUAAUCAGGAAUUAAGUUUGUCUAAAAGCAACAGUCCAGGCCAGUCAUCGAUGGAAUUAAAGAAUCAAAAAGAUGGGAAUAAUUCGAUUACCAUUUCUUCUGAAAAUAACAGUAAUAAAUUUUCAAUGGCGAACAAUAAUUCAAGCGGUUUGGGCUUUCAAGUAAAAUUUGAUAAUUUAGAUAAAAGCAAAAUAAAUGCCGAAGAAAAAACAACUUUGGAUUCUACAACAGCUAGUAAUAAUUCAGCAUUGUCUACAUCUACUCAAUUAACGGAAAAAAAUGUACAGAUUAAUGAUGCUACAGAAAAAAAUAAUACUGCUACUGCUCAGAAUGGUAAUUCAACAGCUGUCAAGAGUGGGUUUACUUUUCAAGGUUCAACUCCUACGGGACAAACAAACACGAUUUCAAACACUUUUAAAUUUGGAAUUAAUCAAAAUGGAACUCAAAAUUUCACACAAGAAAAUAAAGACAUCAAAACGUCUGAAAUUACUACAACAACGGGUAAUUUUAACAAUUUCACAAGUACGGCGGUUUCAUCAAACUCUACUACUACUACUUCCACGUCUUUCGUUUUUCCACCAACUGGCAACAGUUCUUUCGUUUCUACGCCUGCAACGAGUUCGCCAUUUUCCAACAAUAAUCAAUUUUUCGAUAAUCAAAAUAAAAACGCAUCGCCGAAACCUAGUUUUACGUUCGGGCAAACCGUAAGUCAACAAAAUUUUUCGUCAGGUAGUGAUAAAAUUGUUAGUAAUAUCAAUACGAGUUCUUCGAACGCGAAUCCCGUGACGAGUAGUACUUUGACGACGAGCACUCAAUUUGUUUUCGGUCAAAAGUCGGGUAAUUUCGAUAAGGUGCAUGAGAGCAUUAAAAAAAGUGAGUCAGGUCAAAGCGAACCAUUAGGAAAUAAUACCUUUUUAACAUCUAAUAAUAAUUCGUUUUCCACCACCACCAACAACAAAAUUCAAGAUACUCCUCAAUCAUCAUCAGUGUCAUUAGACGGUCAUCAAAUCAAACAAUUUCCACCGACUACUAAUAAUACUUUACCCAAUCCUCAAUCUACGGGAAAUUUAAUUUUUUCAAAUUCGAUUCCGAUCUCCAGUCCUUCAAUACAAAAAGAUAAUCCUCCAAAUUCUAAUAAUACUUUGACGAAACCAAUCGUUAGCGAUUCAUUACCUAAAUUACAAUCCAGUUCGACUUUUACUUUCGGUACGAAAACAGGAGAAUUGAAUAAAAAUGAUAAUUUUAAUAAUCCUGUAGGAGACAAUAAUAAUAAUAAUAAUAAGGCAAAGUUAUUUUCAUUUGGUUCUUCGAAUUCUGUUUUGAGUCAAGGAUCGGGGGGAACAACUCAAUCCUUCGACACUGCAACCAGUUCUUCUUCUCCAUUUGGGAUAAAGCCGAGUAAUCCCAAUACUUCUUUACAACAGAAUAAUAACACGUCGAUAUUUUCUCAAAAUACGUCGUCUGCUACCCCGACAAUGUCAAGUAUUACGCAAACAGGAACAACGAUUUUGGGACAAAAUCAAAUGUCGGUUAAUAAUAAUAAUAAAAAUGCUGCUGCUGCGAGUCUUUUCGGUACGAAAACGGAACCGAUUUCGUUCAUGUCUAAUUCGAAUUCGAAUUCGGGAAAUCAAAAUUCUAGUAAUUCACUCGCGGUCAAGGAUAACAUUUUUAGUAAUUCAUCGCUGGCGACGACAAAUAAAUUUAGUCAACCCACCACUUCCGAACCAGGUAGCAGUAAUAAGUUUAGUUUUCAAACCACCGGUUUUGGAUCUCUCGCGACUUCGUCUUCGCCGCCCGUAUUCGGCACGGUUGCCAACCCACAAAUCUCUCUUAAUUUCAAUAGUUCCGCGACGGGUUUCAAUAACGCUUUUAAAACUCAACCUGGUCUCACUUUUGGCGCGACAACCACGACGCAAGCGGCGACAACCGGCGGAUUCGGAAUCAAUUCAUCAUCGCAAAUGCCAACAUUCGGACAACCGUUUGAACAAAAUGCAAAUUCUAAUAAUCGGAACGUGACGCCCAACAACAUUUUUAACUCGAAUAAUACCUUAUCUCAAAACAACUCGACUUCUUCAAGUUUUGCGCCAUCGACUAAUAAUAAUAAUAAUAAUAAUACUUUUAAUGCAACAACUCAAAAUAUAUUCGGACCGAAACCGUUAAACGAACAAGACAAAAGUUUUGGAUCGACGAAUAAAGUUCAGACAGGAGCUUUCGGUACCAAUACGGUUCCAUCGACCCAAAGUCCUUUCACUUUCGGUACUGCCACGUCAAAUUCAAAUCCUUUUCCAUCAUCUUCGUCGAAAACUAGUGGCACGACGGUAUUCACCUUUGGUGCUUCCACUUCAAGUUCUGCAAAUUCUGCGACUAAUUUUGGAAAUUCGUCCACGUCGACGAGUUCGAGUAAUUCUCAAACACCUUUCAUGUUCAACAAUCCGAACAGUGGUGGGAACGUUUUCAAAUUUGGAGCAUCAACGAGUAAAGAAAAUACCGGAUUUGGAAAUGCAAACUCACCGGCGUUCGUGUUCGGUUCUCAAUCCAACAAUAAUAAUAAUAAUAAUACAGGAUUAAAUACCAAACCCUCGACGACGGGUUUCAAUUUCGGGACAGCUCAAUCAUCUCAAUUUAAUUUCGGAUCCACAUCUUCUCCCUCACCGUCGGUAUUCAGUUUUGGUAGUUCCGGAUCAGCAAGUAGUAAUUCGACAUAUAAUUUCGGUACUCCACAGCCAACGGGUGGACCUUUCGCACAGGGAAAUUUAACUCCGUCUUCUACUUUUUCCGCGCCAGGUAUAAAAAAAAUGAAAAAAAAUUUUUUUUUUUUUUUUAUCAUAAUUUUUAAUAGUAAAAUUCAUUGA